UGUGUGGUUCUCCUUUUAAGUUUCUUUUGCUGAAACAGGCCUAGUUUAGCCUGUCUUCUCUGUGCACAGGAUGGCUCCUGCUUGCCAGAGCUGCACAAAGAUAAUCGCUCAGGAAGUGUUUCAGCCAAUCCCCUGAAGCUUUACAUUCAGAUUUUCCAAAGUAGCCAAUCCAGGAUUAGCUUUUAUUAGGAAGACAGAUCAUCAAGCUGAAGUGCCAAGCCCUUUCUGUCUGAGUACUGAGAGCCUGUCCUCCAUGUUUUAUAAGUAUUGACAUAACACUGUGUUAACAAUGCAUCCACAGAGCUUGGCUGAAGAAGAAAUAAAGGCAGAGCAGGAGGUGGUGGAAGGGAUGGAUAUCUCCACUCGAUCCAAAGAUCCUGGCUCUGCUGAACGUACAGCACAAAAAAGGAAGUUUCCAAGCCCUCCACAUUCUUCCAAUGGUCAUUCCCCAGAAGACUCAUCAACAAGUCCUAUUAAAAAGAAAAAGAAACCUGGCUUAUUGAAUAGUAAUAAUAAGGAGCAGUCAGAACUAAGACAUGGUCCGUUUUACUAUAUGAAGCAGCCACUCACCACAGACCCUGUUGAUGUUGUACCGCAGGAUGGACGGAAUGAUUUCUAUUGCUGGGUUUGUCAUCGGGAAGGCCAAGUCCUCUGCUGUGAACUCUGCCCUCGGGUUUAUCAUGCUAAGUGUCUGAAACUGACAGCGGAGCCAGAGGGGGAUUGGUUUUGCCCCGAAUGUGAGAAAAUCACGGUAGCAGAAUGCAUAGAAACACAGAGUAAAGCUAUGACAAUGCUCACUAUUGAACAGCUAUCCUACUUACUCAAGUUUGCACUACAGAAAAUGAAACAGCCAGGGACAGAGCCAUUUCAAAAGCCAGUUUCACUGGAUCAACAUCCAGAUUAUGCAGAAUACAUCUUUCAUCCAAUGGAUCUUUGUACAUUAGAAAAGAAUGUUAAAAAGAAGAUGUAUGGUUGCACUGAAGCUUUUUUGGCUGACGCCAAAUGGAUUUUGCACAACUGCAUUAUUUACAAUGGGGGAAAUCACAAAUUGACACAGACAGCAAAAGUCAUAAUCAAAAUCUGUGAGCACGAGAUGAAUGAAAUUGAAGUGUGUCCAGAAUGUUACUUAGCUGCCUGCCAAAAACGAGAGAAUUGGUUUUGUGAGCCAUGUAGCAAUCCACACCCGUUGGUCUGGGCUAAACUCAAGGGUUUCCCAUUCUGGCCUGCUAAAGCACUGAGGGAUAAAGACGGUCAAGUUGAUGCUCGUUUCUUUGGUCAACAUGACAGGGCCUGGGUUCCAGUAAAUAAUUGCUACCUCAUGUCUAAAGAAAUUCCUUUUUCUGUGAAAAAGACUAAAAGCAUAUUCAACAGUGCAAUGCAAGAGAUGGAGGUUUAUGUGGAGAAUAUCCGUAGAAAGUUUGGCGUUUUUAAUUAUGCACCUUUCCGGACACCGUAUACUCCUAACAACCAAUACCAAAUGUUAUUAGACCCUUCAAAUCCUAGUGCUGGAACUGCCAAGACUGACAAACAAGAGAAAAUCAAACUUAACUUUGAUAUGACAGCAUCACCCAAGAUUUUAAUGAGCAAACCAAUGCUGAGUGGUGGUACUGGGCGAAGGAUUUCCUUAACAGACAUGCCGCGUUCUCCAAUGAGUACAAAUUCAUCUGUUCAUACUGGAUCUGAUGUUGAGCAGGAAACAGAGAAAAAGCCAACCUCCAGUCACUUUAGUGCAAGUGAAGAGUCCAUGGACUUUCUUGACAAGAGUACAGCCUCUCCAGCACCAAUAAGAACAGGUCAAGCAGGGAGCUUAUCUGGCAGUCCCAAACCUUUCUCUCCUCAACCUUCAACACCUGGUGCUACUAAGCAAGAAAGAACAUCUACUCCAGGAAGCAUUCUUAAUCUUAAUCUUGAUCGUAGUAAAGCUGAGAUGGAUUUGAAAGAGCUGAGUGAAUCAGUACAGCAGCAGUCCACACCUGUACCACUGAUUUCACCAAAGCGACAAAUUCGGAGCAGAUUCCAACUUAACCUUGACAAGACAAUAGAAAGUUGUAAAGCACAGCUAGGCAUCAAUGAAAUAUCUGAGGAUGUUGCAGUAGAACAUAGUGACUCUGAGGAUUCUGAGAAAUCAGACUCUAGUGAUAGUGAAUACAUCAGUGAUGAUGAACAAAAGUCCAAGAAUGAUCAGGAGGAGGAGGAAAAAGAAGGUACAAGGAGUGACAAAGAGUCCUUGCCCAUGAAAAAAAAAACGAAACCACCAACUCCAACAGAAGAAAAAGAAGACAUUAAAAAUGCAAGCUCAGAAGUGGAGAAAACCGAUACCCCUGCCAAAGAAAAGUCAAAUGCAGACUCAGAUAAAGAGCUUUCUGAAAAGGGGAAAAGUUUGUCACACCCUGCUAAAGAGAAGCUGAAAAGUAAAGAUGAGACAGACUCUCCAACUGUGCAUCUUGGCCUGGAUUCUGAUUCUGAAAGUGAACUUGUUAUUGACCUGGGGGAAGACCAGUGUGGUCGUGAAGGACGAAAAAAUAAAAAAGAACCCAAGGAAUCUCCUCCUAAGCAGGAUGCGGCAUCUAAACCCCCACCUUCUUCAACUGUGAGCAGUCAGCCUCCUACUGAAACUCAGGUGCUUACGCGAUCAGCAUCCCAAACUCCUCCAGCUGGUAUUACACCAACAACAAGCACAGCGUCCACUGUCAGUGCUCCGACUGCAGCCACUGGAAGUCCAGUGAAAAAGCAGAGGCCUCUCCUACCAAAGGAAACAGCUCCAGCUGUCCAGCGGGUAGUCUGGAAUUCUUCAAACAAAUUUCAGACUUCUUCUCAGAAAUGGCAUAUGCAGAAAGUACAAAGACAGCAACAGCAGCAACAGAGUCAGCAGCAACAACCUCAGUCUUCCCAAGGAACAAGAUACCAAACAAGACAGGCUGUGAAAGCUGUACAGCAAAAGGAGAUUACUCAGAGUACUUCAACGUCUACCAUCACCUUGGUUACAAGCACUCAACCUGUUUCUAUAGUAACCAGUUCUGGAUCAGCAAGUACACUUUCAUCUUCUGUUAAUACAGACUUGCCAAUAGCAACAGCUUCAGCAGAUGUAGCUGCAGAUAUUGCUAAGUAUACUAGUAAAAUGAUGGAUGCCAUAAAAGGAACAAUGACUGAAAUAUACAAUGACCUUUCAAAAAAUACUACUGGAAGCACAAUUGCUGAGAUUCGACGUUUGAGAAUUGAAAUAGAGAAGCUUCAGUGGUUACAUCAACAGGAACUCUCAGAAAUGAAACACAAUCUAGAACUCACAAUGGCUGAAAUGAGACAGAGUUUAGAGCAGGAAAGAGAUCGUUUAAUUGCAGAGGUGAAGAAGCAGCUGGAGCUGGAAAAGCAGCAAGCUGUAGACGAAACCAAGAAGAAGCAGUGGUGUGCCAAUUGCAAAAAAGAGGCCAUCUUCUAUUGUUGUUGGAACACCAGCUACUGUGACUACCCCUGCCAGCAGGCUCAUUGGCCAGAACAUAUGAAGUCCUGCACACAGUCAGCCACUGCAACACAGCAAGAAACAGAUACUGAAAUUAGCACAGAACCAUUAAAUAAAUCAUCCCAGCCUACUUCCAGUGCUCAGUCUGCACCUGCCGAAACAGCCAAUACUCCAAAAGAAAAAGAAGCAACUGUUGAAAAGAACAAAGAUAGUGUUACAAUAGCAACAGGUGUGACAAGCAGCCAGCCUAUAAAACUUGUCCAGGUACCGCAGACUACCACCUAUAUGCCAACUACUCAACCCACAAUUACCAUUCCAGUAGUUGUAAGUCCUACAGCUGGGACCGUGGCAAUGAGAACGGGAGUUCAGUAUGUUCAAACUACAAUGCCUGUCCAAGUACGGAGAGUCUAGCUGCUAACAAAAGAAUACGGACAGCUUUUGGAAUAAAUAAUAAUCUCUGUAAUAGAAAUGUGAAAAGAAAUCCCUACAGUUUGUUGGAUUAACCUCAGAGGUUCAGACUUUUAGCUUUGUACAUGUGUACAAAGCGUUUAACAACACUACAUUCAUAUAAAGCAUUAGCACCGGAUCGAAAAAGGUUGAGGACUGAUAAAAUCCAUGGUAAAUCUAUGCUUCUGUUGUAAAAGAUGUAUAAUUUAUGGAUGAUGUUAGAGUGCCAUCUCCUUUCUAUAUUUGUAUUGACUUCAAUGUCAAAGGAGUAUUGGGGAUGUUGGUAAAGGAGAGGUUAAAUCAGAUUUAUCACAAAAAGCCACUGAGAGAAAUGGUAUUUUGGAAACUGGAGUUGCACACAUAAAAUUAGGGAAGAGAAAACAGAACCCCCCCCGGCUUGCCUUUGGAAAUGAAAACAAUGCCUACAUGUCUGUGUGUGCAACUGAAGCUGGGCCAUUUUAAAUUUGCUACAUUUCCAGCCAUUGGGCCUCAAGUACACAACAUGAAAGGGUGUAUUUUGUGUUGCGUAUUUAAAAGAAGAGAGAUUGUUUACAGACACAAAAGGUUUUAAAUUUCAUUCAUUGCAAAGAGGAGGAGAAGCUUAAGCGCAGUUGGUAACAACACUGAUCAGUAAUCCCGGAGAGGAUAAAAUUGGAUUAUUGGGAGACCCGGCUUCCUGCUGGGUUAUGUUGCGGUGUACACAUACAUGGACGCACGCACACUCACAUAUAUGUAUGUAAAAAUAUAAAAUAAAAUCACCUGUCCAAAGGAUGUUGGAUUUUUUUAAAAGGGAACAAGAGCUAGAGAAGACUCUUUUACCAGGAAACAUGGGCAAAGGACAUUGCUGCUGGGCUAGAGCAUGUAUUAUGGAAUUUUUAUGUUUUUAUGUAAGCAUGAAAACAGUACAGUAUGAGAGAAAGUAACCCAUGAAAAUGCUGUCUGUUACACUUAUACUGUAGUACCAUUUUGUAUGUUGUGUAAACAAAAGCAUUGAACAAAGCAAGGUGAUGUAUGUAUAUGAGAAAAUUAACUGUAUGAUAUCAUUCCAGUACCUUUUGUUGUACAUUUUAGUCACAUUGAUUUCUCCCAUUGUUUAUAAAAGGAUACAGUUUGUACAGUCUCCAGCUAGUACACACAUUAGAAGAAAGAAGAAAAACUAGAAGGAAAAGGAAUCAAGAACAGAGUAUUUGUGAAUUGCAGUUGUGUCAAAGAUAGCCUAGCUGGCCUUAUUUGUGAAGCAUAAUUGCUUUUAGCAUAUGGAAGUAUUUUUUCAUAUUUUCUUUGUAUAAAAUUUGUAUUAAACUAAAUAUCUUUUUUGAUUA